CAGAAUUCUCAAGGUCCCCAGAUAGACGUGAUCAUCUCCACCCGCAUCAAUCAUCAUGCCUUUCAACGGGACAUGUAAUGACACUCUGGUCGACCUCCGCAUUGGCGCUUCCGAAGUGCCCGUUGUGGGAUCACUCACUUUUCACUCUAUAGCACUCAUCAUAGACCUAUCUUGUAUGAUUCUCGGCAUCAGUCUGAGCCUCUAUCUCAUGUUCAGACAUGCUCUGAACUACACCGUCCCAAGGAUACAAAAAUACCUCAUUCGAAUUAUUUUCAUGAUACCAGUAUACUCGUUGUGUACGUUCUUAUCGGCAUAUUUCUACUGGUAUGCGGCGUAUUUCCAGUUCAUCAGCGCAGCUUAUUCGUCUGUGGCGGUGACGGCCUACUUUUCGUUGCUAUGUCAUUAUGUUGCGCCAAAUUUGCAUGAGAAUGAGAAUUAUUUCAGGAAGCUCACUCCUGAACCUUGGGGGAACCAUUUCCCUGUACCGGUUGCUUGGUUUAGAGCUUGUUGUUGUGGGGAGGCGGGGCCGUGGAGGACCCCGCGCAAUGGAUUGACUUGGUUCAAUAUUCUGUGGAUUGCAGUCUUUCAGUAUAGCUUCUUUCGAGUUUCGAUGUCUAUCAUUGCUCUUAUCACGCAGUAUCUGAAGAAAUAUUGCCAGUCGUCAAUGUCCCCAACCUCCACUCACUUCUGGGUUAUACUAGUAGAUGUCUUCUCCGCGGCAAUAGCAAUGUAUUGUCUCACCCAAUUCCACUGGCAAAUGAAAGAUGCUCUCGCAGCUCACCGAGCCGGACUCAAACUUUGGUGCAUCAAGCUCGUCUAUGCAUUCUCCCUGUACCAAAAUCUCAUCCUCUCCGCCAUCACCUCACACUACAUGCCUCGUCCUUUGGAAGCCAAUCCAACCCAUAUCCUUGCGUAUCCCGACAUCAAAAUCGGUAUUCCGACCCUAAUGCUAACAUUCGAGCUCUUCAUCAUGGCUAUCUUGCACUUGUUUGCAUUCCCGUGGCAGCCAUACAGUACGCUACAAGAGCAUACUGGGCCGAAUCAAGGGGGUGUGUGGGGGUGGAAGGCAUUUGGAGAUGCGCUGAACGGGUGGGACCUCGUGACCGCUCUUGCUAGGGCUGUGAUGUUGAUCUUUAUCAAGAAGAAGAGAGACGAGGGCGAGUAUGUUGAAGUGGGGAGGGAGUCGGAGUGGUGGAGUUUCUGGUCGAGGAAAGGUGGAGCGUCUGUGGCGGCUACGGAAUUGGAUAUAUUUGGUGAUGAGGCGAGGUUGAUGGCUCCAUUUUCUGGUCAUCGUUGAUAUUGAUUCAUUGUUGGUAAUCUGCUGAGCAGCGAACCAUACAUGAUCUGAUGGUCGUGUAUAUAAGUAUCGACGCUGGAAAUUUACACAAG